GUUCUCGCCUGCCGCUAGAGGGAAGCAAAUCUCAAACUAUAACUGAGUAGCAUCAUCGUCAACCUACCGACUUUCAACAGGCAGUUGCUUUGUGUUUUACCAGCAAGUAUGCUAGUGACAGAAAUUUCAUAUUGAAAAUAAUAAUUAAGUCCGUAUAAAUUAAAUCUUUGACUGCUCAGUUCAGCUCAAUUCAGUUCAACCAAAUGUGCUGCACAGAUAAGAGCAGUCCUCUGAAGUAGCUCAACCCCUCCUUUAGCGGGCUCAGGUCCGCCUCCUGUCAGCACUGCUGCUGCAGCAGACGCCGGCUGCUCUCUCACAGGCUGCACGCGCUCUCUGCUCUCUAAAUUAUCCCGCGUUAUCUGUGACAAUGAAAAGGGUGACAAUGAGUUCUAGAGCUUGAUCUCUCUGAUGACGCAUCCAGAUACAUCGCCCUGAUUCUGGAGUCAGGCGCAGGCUAUGCAAUUUUCUUGGCAGCUAUUUUUGUUCAGUGACAGGCUGUGCCUGCUAAAAUAGGUGCUUCAUUGUUUCAUUUUUUAGCUUCAAAUCAUGUAUAGUUUAUGCAUUAUCAUCGUGCUGUGCUGUGCGCUUGUUCCACGGGACUCUGCAGCGCCAGUGACCGAGGGAGAAGACCCCGGGUCACAGCACGAGAUCAAGGCAGAGCAGGAUGAAAGGCUGCAGGAGGAAACAGAUGACCAGGAGAGCAUCCUCUCCAGGCUGCUGGGUGAUUAUGACAAAGUGAAAGCCCUCUCGGAAGGCUCUGACUGUCGCUGUAAAUGUGUUGUCAGACCCCUGAGCAGGAGCGCCUGCAGGCGGAUAGAAGAAGGUAGCGCCGCUGCGCAGGACUUCUACACCGUGGAGACCAUCACAUCCGGACCCGAGUGCAAGUGUGCCUGCAUCGCUCCUCCGUCUGCAGUCAACCCGUGCGAGGGAGAGUUCAGGCUGAAAAGACUUAGGGAAGCUGGGAAAGAAAAUGUCAAGUUAUCCACCGUCCUGGAGCUGCUGGAAGGCUCCUUCUAUGGCAUGGAUCUACUCAAGCUGCACUCUAUAACCACCAAGCUCCUGGAUCGUGUGGAACACAUAGAAAAGGUGGUAUCCCUGAACAACACCAUGGAUGUGGCAAAGCCCCUGGAGAGCCCUCAGAUGCAGGAAGUUGUGACUGUACGGCCACCCAUCACUCCAUCCAACCACCAUCAAGACAAGAGGAGAGUCAGCAGUGCAGCAGUGUAUCAAAACCCAGAGGGAAAGUAUGAAGAGAGGUUUAUUGGGGAAAAUCCAUCCUUCCUAAAGACAGAUGGUUCUGCUCAGAUCAUUGAGGUCAGACCUCAGGUGACUCUGAAAAAUGCGGCUAAGAAGGAGCCUUCUCAGGUGUCAAAGACUGGCCCCAAUGGAAUGAUCAUCAGAGGGAUGACUUUUUAUAAAUCUGAGCCAGAUCCGAUGGUGGCAGAUGAUGGGGAACCUGGAGAGAACUUUUUUGAGUACCAUGGAUUCAGCGGUGAUGGGCCCAUGAACCUCUUCUUAGAGGAGAAUCUUCUGCAACACAGAGCCCCUCGGCCCAGGACCAAGGCAGGGCCAAGAUCACCUCGACCAAAGAAAACAGGCUCCAAGAGGACGAGCCAAUCGGAACUGAAAGAAACUGAGUCGGCCUCAAAUAAUGACUUUGUCAGUGGCAUUGAAACCAAAUCAGUAGAUAUGUCCAUAGAUGUGCAGAGUGAUACAUCGUUCGCAUUUGGUCUGACAACAACAGACACUCCACCUCUGACUACUGAAAGAGUCUCUAGCAGGAGCACUCCGUCGCCAACCAGCACUCUUCCAAGCAUCACUGCCAAGGAAAUAACCAAAACUACCAUGAACCCAACCCAGCUGUCUGGAAAUACAACCACAGAGGAAAUCCUACAUUUGACGCCAAGUAUUACGCCAACCACCGGGAUGGAAACCUCCACUCUAGAGAUCAUGCAAACUAAUAAGAGCAUGACUGCAGCUCAUUCAAGCACAUUCACACGCAGUACAACUGCAGAAGCUUCAGCAACAAUAUCAAUUUCUACAAGUAGCUUCACAACACAAGCUGCCCAGACCACAACAGCUCCUACAACAGCUGCCACCACCCAGGCUGCAACCACAACACCAGACGAAGGAGCUAAAUCUACCCUGUCUUCUGGCUUGAAUGUGCCUACAACCACAGAGAGACUGACCACUAGUUCUCUACAUACGACUCUACCUUUGACCACACCUGAGACUACCUCUUCUUCAGCCACAACUACCACUACAACAGCCACGACCUCCACAACAACCACAACUAGGCAGGGUGCCCAAUUCAAACGGAAAUACAAGAUCAGCUGGGAAGAGGAAGAGAGUGAGGAUGAGCACCCAGAGUUUGAUGAGCGAAUGCAAAGGCAAGAGGAAUCUACAUCAAGAAAACCAGGGGAGUGUAAGGACACUUUGGCAACAAUCUCAGAGCCAGUGACUCACAACACCUAUGGCAAAAAUGAGGGAGCGUGGAUGAAGGAUCCAAAGUCUGGUGAUGACAAAAUUUAUGUGACAAAUUUUUAUUACGGGAAUAACCUGCUGGAGUUCCGCAACCUGGAGGUUUUUAAAGGAGGACGAUUCACCAACUCUUACAAGCUUCCUUAUAACUGGAUUGGCACAGGCCAUGUUGUUUACAAUGGAGCUUUUUACUAUAACCGUGCUUUCUCCCGGGACAUCAUCAAGUUUGACCUGCGCCUGCGUUACGUGGCUGCCUGGACUAUGCUGCAUGACGCUCUGUUUGAGGAGUCCUCUGUGCCGUGGGAAUGGCGCAGUCACUCAGACAUUGAUUUUGCCGUGGACGAGAGUGGCCUGUGGAUCAUCUACCCAGCUCUUGAUGACGAGGGUUUCUUACAGGAAGUGGUUGUUCUGAGUCAACUGAACCCCUCAGACCUCAGCAUGCAGAGAGAGACCACCUGGAGAACGGGGCUCCGGAGAAACCACUACGGGAACUGCUUCAUUGUGUGUGGUGUCUUGUAUGCUGUCGACAGCCACAACAAGAAGGAAGCCAACUUGGAAUACGCCUUUGACACACACACAAACACUCAGAUGAUUCCCAGAAUGCCUUUCACCAACAACUACACUUACACCACACAGAUAGACUACAAUCCCAAAGAGAGGGUUUUAUAUGCAUGGGACAAUGGACACCAAGUCACAUAUGACAUUAAGUUUGCUCUGGUGGACCCUUAGUAAGGGUUUGACUGUAGUUAUUUUAAAAAGUUAAUGCUAUGGUCUAAAUGGAUUGUAGAUCAGUCCACACGGCCUUCAGUACGGAGACAAAAGAGGGUCAACUGUAUAAAAAUAUUUCAGUGUGUUAUGGCUUAAUUGUCUUGUUCUAAUAGAGAUUUUUAAAUUCUUACCUAAAGUAAAUUGAUGUUGAUUCCUAUCAACACAUCAUACUGUACUGUAUAUAUUGUCAUACUGUAAAAAAAGCCUGAUUGGUUAAAUGAAUGUAAAAAAGAAUACGCUUCCAUCAGAGAACACUUCCACAAUUUAUAUUACAGAACCCAUUCGAAGUAUACUCUUGAAGCAGUUUGCCAAAUUCUGUAUAUAAACUACAUUUAAUGUUUAAUACACAUUAUUUUAUUUUUUUCUUUGUCACAUACCACGGGUCCUCCAAAGGUGAUAUCAAAGAUAUUGCUUUGACCUUUUGUCUUGUGAAAGCACUUAAUCUCUUCAUAUCAGACUAUUCUGAGAAACUACAAUAAAAUCGGAAAUUCUA